AUGGCGUCAAACAAUGACAUCGUUGGGGUGGACAGACCUGGUGAAGCUUCAGGCGCCCUUGGUCGAUCCACAAGUCUCACGAGCAAGACCUCAACAUCGCUGCUGCGUGUUUUUAAGAAACCGCUCGGCCGGUCAUUGUCUGCCAGGAUGCGCCAAGUGUCGCUCGCCUCCAUCAAGGCCAUGCCUGAACUGUGCGACAACUGUUACGAGUUGGUCUAUACACCAGGUUCCUGGUCAAGAGGCCGGCGCUUCGCGAACCGCAGCACUUACCCUGUAUUGGGGUUGACCAUCGCUAAGAUCACCAUGCUGCAGUCGGAAGCCUGUGACCUCUGUCGAGCUCUGACAACACUAUCGGGCAGCACUCAGGACGGGGCUCUGGGCUGGGAGCUCCGCGAAUUCCCUCUUAUCAUGACUUCGGGCUUGAAUGUCGAUACAGAUGUGCCGUCGUUCAUGGCUGUGGUACCCUGGAAUUUUGGGACGUCUGUGAGAGUGGGUGAAAGAGAAGACCAGAGGCGAAACCUGUACCGUGUCGCCUCUAAGAGCGGGCAGUUGAUAUGCUGCCCUAGGAUUGAAGAGGCCUGUGACACACAUCACCCGUUAUGCACGGCAUCGGAGGGCAAAGAAACGGCACCGGACGUCCACUUCAUCAACUGCCAGACGCGGAGUGUGGUAUCCGGUUUGGACCUGCCUUCUGCCGCGAAGUAUGUGGCUUUGAGUUAUGUUUGGGGCAUCAAGACUCCCGCAAAGGCAGGACCAGAAACAAGCAUUCGGCCAGGCAACGCUUUGCCUGAAAAUACCCCAGCUGUCAUAGGAGACGCCAUCAAAGUCACGCUGGCUCUGGGAUUCCAAUACCUCUGGGUGGACAAAUACUGCAUUGAUCAGAAGAAUCAAGCCACGAAACACAAGCAGAUUUUCCAUAUGGACGCUGUUUAUAAGCACGCUUCUCUUACUAUCAUCGCUGCCGCUGGUACCGAUGAGAGCACUGGUCUACCGGGAGUUACGCAAGACCGGCUAGCGAAACAGACCUCUAUUCAGACAGACGAAGUAAGCAUCUUAUCCACGCUUCCAUCACCGGUGCAUCAGAUCGUCGGGUCGAAAUGGGCCAGUCGCGCAUGGACGUUCCAGGAGGCCGUACUUUCUCGCAGGCGGCUGGUCUUUACGGAGGACCAGUUAUAUUUUGAGUGCGAUUCCAUGCACUGCUAUGAGAGCCUCUGCGUCUCGUUUGAUAUGCUACAUGCUACGAACAGUCGACACUCGGAUGCACACAACGAUUUCAUCAAGCCGAAGCUCUUCGGGUUCGGACAUCAGACGGCCGGAAUUCUGACUUAUAUCCAUUGCGCUGAGGAAUACUCGACAAGGUCACUCACCUUUGACGAAGAUUCCCUCAACGCGUUCACCGGUGUGACUAGAAGCCUCGAGAAGUCGAGAAUGCCUCCUGUGCGGAACAUCUGCGGCAUACCGUUUCUGCACCCCAGGGACGUUGCCACCCCGAGUUGCAACUACUUACAAAUGUUGUUGGCAGGGCUAUCAUGGAGGCAUCAGCCCAUGCACGGCUCGGUCCCACGCAGGCGGCAGGAAUUUCCGUCCUGGUCGUGGGCAGGGUGGGCUGGGCCGGUGGUCUGGCCGUCGAGGACUUACUACGCCUCCAUACUGAAGGAAGGGACGGCAGCUGGGCUCGACGCCGUGGGGUUACAGUUCCGGGACGGCAGCGUUGCGCAGAUUUCAGACCUAGACUUCCGGACUGAUGAUCAGGCACUUCGGCAGCCCCGGGCGUUGUUUCUGGACACAGUGGCUCUGCCACGGGACGCGCUGGUCUUCGACCAGGGCUCAGAUCUGCUGAGAUUCCAGAGCGGCGGCGACAUCAGGCUCCAUCCCAGCAAGGAAGGGCUCACGCCCUCAAAAGCCUUCAAGCGGCUCCAUUCUGGCCGUUACGAGGCCAUCCGCCUCGUCACACUCGGUGAUGACGUAUACCUGCUGCUCGUGAAGCGGUACCGCUCAUCCUACUACCGGAUCGGGCUGAUGACGACCAAGAGCUUCUUCAUGCUGCUGCCGCACGGCGAUGAGAAGAUGAGAACAUUCAAGCUUAAGUAA